AUGAAUAACUACAUUUGGAUAGUGGCUUUAUGUAUCAUGGUGAUAAAUGCUGUACAAAGAGAUGGACAAAAGUUAGAAAGUGAUGUGUUCUAUUUAUUCAAACUCAAACAUUUUGGAGUUACACUGUGUACAGAUGUGAAUGUGGACAGUUACUUCGAUCCCUCGAUCUCGGAUCACCAGACAUCAGUUUACUGCCCAUACAGAACUGUUUUGCAUAUUUUAGACGCGAUUUAUAGCCCAGUGCAGAAUGAAAAUUCCUUUUGUUCAAAGUACUCCGAUUCGAAAUAUUCAGACCUUACUUUAAUUAAGCAAAAUCAUUUGUCUGAAUGUUCACCUAGAUCCAUUGGUCAGAUAGUCAAACGAAUUUGUGAUGGUAAGAAUAAAUGUGACAUAAUUAACCAAUUGAAGAAAGAUAAUAUAACUGUAUGUUUAUAUCCAUCAAUUCUACAAGUGAAUUACACAUGCCUUCCAGUGUAUUCAAAACGAGAAGUUAUUUGCGCCGAUUCUUAUGUUGAACUGUCUUGUAAAGACUUAUCUGCUGACAUGGGACUUUUAAUACUGGAAGCCAUGCUUAAUUAUAACGUAUCACUUGAUCCAACAUUAACCAAUGAACAACAACUUCAGAUUUGUGCGAAAACUGGAACAAAUGACAUUCCUUGUCCUACAGUUGACUCUGUCUCGAUCAUCUCCGAUAAAUCAGCAUUGCUGAAUCAAAUUUCAUGUGCUAAGUCAUACUUAUACUUAAAAUACACAUGUGUGCAUAAUGUCCUGCUAGAAAUACCUCGUCCAAUUGCAAAUUCAAAGAAAUCAGAAAAGCAUCGAGAAAAAUAUGGUCACAAGUCAAAAAAGCGGCUGAAUAGGCCGGGAACGAAUAUCAGUAAUAACCUGAAGCUGAAUAACGUAGAUGUUGCUUUUUUCAAUGAUGACCUUGGUACUUAUUCCGGUCAAACUGAUGGUUCGAAUAUACAAACAAAUCCUCUAGACCAUACAUUAAAAAGUUCAUCUGCCACAGUCAACGAUGACAUAAUUAACGCACUUAACGAGUUAUCAGUUUCUCCGAAAACAAAAUCAGCCCACUUUUACCUUUCUGCUUUACUUCCUGCAAUGCUUUGUAUUGUUGUCAGUUGUAUAUUUGUAGUUGCCAUUCUGUGUCACAGAAGGCAACUUUUCAAGAGGAAACUGAAGUCUAACAAUAUAUGUCGAACGAUGCACAGUCCAGUUUAUUGUAAUGGACACAUUUCCUGUAACAUGACGGUUGAUAAUAAACAUGAAAACGAUUAUCAGUCGAAUAUGCAAAUGAAACUUUCUCAAUCAAAUCAUCCUAUCAAAAAGUGCAUACCUAAAUGGACAGACGAAAGAAAUUUCAUUUCAAAUCUACAACAGACAGACUGUUCAAUCAGUCAGUUCCCUCACUACUGUCCUGGAUGUAAUCAUGAACAGAAAGAAACAUCUGAAAUUUUUCAUUAUCAGAAUAUUUCAUAUGGUGAUGACAUUAAUAAUGAUACAAACCCUUCAGUUAAAGCUAGUCCCAAUUCAAGCAGCAGAAUGCCUAGUACAGAAAAUUCAUUUUCACCGAAUUGUACUGAUACCAUUAGUAAAAUAGAAACUGUUUGGACACCAUCAACUUCUUGUUUCACCCAUGGACUAUUAAAUACCUCAUUGAAGCAUUAUAAUCAUUGUAACUCCCCUUAUUUUAAUCAUUCUAAUAAUUUAAUAUACGCAAACUACAACACAUGUUUAAAUAACUCGAACAGUAAACAAAACACACCACAAAUAUGUAUACACAGAUCAGGGGAACAAGUUAAUGGAAUAAUAUCUCAACAGCUUUCUCCAAACAGACGACCAGAUACUGAUGCAAAAACUCAUUAUGAUGAAAACAGCCUUGUGCAGAAUUUACAUGAUAAGUUACAUGACCGUAAUACCCCUGAACAAGAAACAACAGCUGGUUUGCACCGGAAAUUUCCAAAUGUGUUUCAUGAGAGCGAAAGAGAGUCUUUAUGUCACUCAGGGGGACAAAUUAACUGUAAAACCAAAUACCGAUUGGCACCACCAUUGUUUAGUUCCGGAGAUGACUUAUUACCAGGCUACAUGAUGAAUACAAAAUCUCCACUUCAUCAAAAGUGCAAUGCAAUACCUGUAGUUCGAUAUCCAUACGAUUCAGACGAUGAAACAAAUGACGAUGAUUCAGAUUCUGAUGUAAAUCUGGAUAAUUUUAACCACUCAGACAAUCUUGGCAACAAACCUGAUAUAUGCUUGACUGCGAGCAAAGCUACUUCAGACAAAAAGCACUUAGUGUCAACAUCACCAAUGGUGAAUAUGCUAAGUCCCAUGUCUCAUAUAUCUCGAACCAUGUCAGACCAUCGAGUGCAAAAUCCAGUUAGUCCUUCACUUAUGAGAAGUAUAACAUCGCAGGGGAAUCAUAAAUCCACCAGUGUAUCUGAAAACAAAUUGGAACCAUUUUCUAGAAACAGGAGUACAGGACGACAAGUAAAUCUUUCAAGUGACAAAAAGAAUUCUGAAGUUAAUUUGUGUUCUUCCCCUUCUAUUAAUACCAAAAACCGAUGUUAUAUUUAUGAUUGUAAUAAUUUAUCAGUCGAUGAUAACUUUUCUAGGAGUAUGUGCGGUUCUGUUCAGCAGUAA